AUGAUGAAAAAUAUAGCAAGCAUCUCGCCCGUUAUAUCCAUUAUCUCGACUGACGGCGCGAGAUUUGUCAUUCCAGAGCAAGCUGCGGAGUAUUCCGUGCUAUUGAAAAGCGCCCUUGAGAGAUGGACAUUAGAGUACCUUUCGCAGCCCUCCACUGCGAUAAAUAACGAUGACGAUGACGAGCGUGAUAGUUACGAGGAGACGACUGAACCUCUCCGCAGUUCCUCGAUCUCGGGGCAAUCAGACAUGGACAGCAGUAGUAGCUACACCAGUAGUUCCUCCAUGGACGAUGAUAGCUUUGUCAAUCGUGGUCUGUUGCCGAGGUGUCAGACAAUCGCACCGCCGCCCGCCCCCCUCAAGGAUAUCUCGUCGAAGGAUGAAACAAAGCCCCAUAUGAGCCUCGUUGUUGAUUCUAUGGCUUCGAAUAACAGCAAUAGAGCUUCCAAAAAGUGUGAUAGUGACAGAGAGGCCGCAAAUGCAGGGUACAAUACGAUUUCAGGCUCUACGCACGAACCCUUCACGCCUCCGAGUAGCACGACAUAUGAUGAACGUGGGUGUGGCCCCUAUUUUGUUGCAUUGGGAAAAAAGACUCGUAAGAUGCACGAACCCACAGGGGAUAGUAGCGCAACAUGUGAAAAUCUGCCAUCCUACUUCAGUGCGCCGAGAGGUACUGUGUGCUCGACCGCGCAAGCAAGACUCAAAGGGGGGGAAACGGGUAUUGAAGGUGGAUGCAAUGCCGGUGAUAGCAGUGGGACCGGUCUUGGGAAGGACCACUCCCCUACGGUAGUCGUUAUCGAAGAAAGCCACGUUGACCCACAGGACGCUGAGACGUGGUUUGAUGUGGCUCCUACAGAGGUGCCUGGCUCUAGCUUAGUUGAUACCCUCAACGAAAGACGUGAGGCUAUCGAGGAUAGCCCCAAGGAUGUACAAAAGGUUCUCUACAAUUGUCCUAGCCCAGCGCUUAACUCUACGAACUUGAGUAAUUCGUUCGACAACAGGAGCAGCCCCCAAGGUGAAUGGAAAUCCCCGACGAGUGUCCAUCAGCGCACCCCGGUAAUGCUUGAAGAUGAUGACAAGGUCAUCAUUAUGGGCAGCAAUGGUCAACAGAAAACACUACAUAGCUUAGGACGCUUAAGCACUUCACCCUGCGCAGGGUCGAUAGAAAAGACAUGCCAUGGGAUUUGUGAUAAUGACUAUGAAAUCGCCGUGAAGAACAUCUAUGUUGACGUCAAUAGCGAAAACAAUGAUAUGGGUAGUAAUAUCCAUGAAACUAAUGAGCGGCAGCCGAGCAUUUGUGCGGAUGUGGAUAGUAAAUCAGCGCCCCUGACGACCACGUCAGACGCUGCGGUAUUUCCCUUUGGCUCCAAGAAUAAUGCUGACACGCACGACGAUACAGUGUACGAUCUCAACGACAUCUCCAAUCGAGCGCGUAUCACAGCUGGCGAAAUUCUCAUUGACCUUCGCCCCUUCCCCCUCAACGAGGAGAAGCUAGCCAACUCGACAUCUGCCCUCUCCGGCUCGUCACCAGCUAGCACAAACGCGAGCUCAAACAAACGAUCCGCAUCGCAAGCCGCCACACAAUCUGCGGAUCGAAUGGCGUGCAAAGGAGAGGUUUCGGACGGCAUGACACCUCAUUACAACGGAAACGGCGGGACUGCCAGUUCAAAAAAAAACGCGUUUCAUACUCCCAAAGUCUACAGCAAAGCAUUGCAACUUUGCGUUGACUACCUCCUUCACUUUGUGCAGGCCGCUCAAGACCUAGAGGCAUAUGCCCACGAGGACGUCCCCACAGUCCUGCCGAUGCCCUUGACAGCACCUCUCUGCAGUCUCCUCUCGCCGUGGGAGCGGAACUUCCUUUAUGUCAACAUUCUUGGUUAUGAUGGGAGCACCAUGAAGACGAUGAUUAUGAUCGAUACGAUUCUUCCUGAUGGAAUAGAUUAUCAUUUCCCAGGGAUGGUUCUCGCAGAUAAGAGUGUGCGCGACGCGCUCGUGAUGCGCCCGCCGCGAGCGGAGGGGAUGCGGACUCUCAUGCAGGUCAGAAAGGCCGCACAGGAGCUUCGUAUCGAUACACUGCACGAACUCUGCCUUGCGUGGAUGGCGGAUUUUAUGAUACGUGCGAGCUAUGGAACCUCAAAUAACUUUGAGGCUGCACAUCUCAUACAACAGUGCUUUGGGAUUCAAAACGAAUGGACCCGAAAGGAGAUGGAUUGCUUGAGAAUAGAAAAUGAUUGGCCGGCAAACGAGGAGGAGUGUUGA